UGUGAGUUCUGAGACGGUCGUUGAUAAACCGCUGAAGUAGAAAAUUACAUUAAUUUAGUUAUUUAAUUAAAUAUUGAUAAAAUAAAUACGUUUUUAAAGUGGGCUAUGUAGUGCUUGUUGUUAAGUUUUAAUUAUGGAGGUUUCAGGUUCGGGGAAAUCCCCGAAUCCUGGUAUGUCAUUUAGAUAUAAUGCAAAUAAUGAAGCAUUAGAAGAAUUAUUUCAAUCUUGUGAUGAUGACGCUGCUGUGCCACCGAGUGAGCCGGCAGUCAAGAGUGAGACUGCUAGCCCGAAGAAAACGGAAAAAACAUCAUCCAUCAUAGACAAAUAUUUCAAAUCUAUGAGAUCUGAAAAAUCUUCUGAGAAAGUAGAAGAUGUAAAGACAGAUGUUAAACCAGCAGAAGAAAAUAAGAGUCCAACACCUAAAGAGAUAAUAUCAUCUUCUCCAAUGAAGGAGUAUUUAAACCGACUUGGUAAAAGAAGUACAUCAGAGAGUUCUGAUAUCAAGGAGCCAAAUGAGACUUGGAAAAUAUUCCAUGAUUUCAAAUUUAAAAUCGCCCAAGCUGUCGAGGAUAUGAAAACUCGAUCUGUUGAAGAAACAAAGGAAAAAACAUUACCAAGGGAAAACUCAAUGUCUGAUUCGGAGGAAAAUUCGGCAAUAAAAGAUAUAGACCAGCAGAGUGUGGGCGAUACUGAUAAUCAGGUAUCAUCACUAGAUAGUAGUAUACAAAACUUAUCAGAAAUGACUCAACCAAUAACUGCUAAGGCUAUUGAAAAAGAAAUUCGCGAGACAAACACGAAAAACAAUUCGGAUUCAAGCGACGACACACAGAAAAACUUAAGGUUAAGUGAGACAGACAUAUCGAAAGACAUUUUAAACGACAACAGUCUAGAAGUAGAGUCUGGUAUAGAAGCUCUCGAAGACACGAUAGAUGCGUUUGGCGACGUCAACCCUCUCGAUAAUUUAUACCAAAACAAUGGGACAGAAAUACGAGCCAACCCUCCGACACCUGUUACCACACCAGCCAAUUUUGGCCUCCCGCCAAGCAAAAGCAACUUAAUAAAGAGUGAAUCGCAGAAAAAACCCAAGAGCACAUUCAUCAGCUACACAAUGUAUUUCCUGACAAUAUUCCUGAUAUUGAACUACUUUUUGUUCCCCAACGCGAAUAUUUGGAACGGUUUUUUGCUGGGCAUAUGGGUUUUCUAUUUCGUCAGCAAUGUGAAACAGUGGUUCUUGGAUAAUUACUUUAGCGAGUGGGAGCCGAAAGGCAGCAGCUUUUUCCAAUUGAAACGUACGAGUGUGCAGCCACUGGCUUAUACCAUUCCGUCGAUCAAAGAACACACGCCGUUGAAGAAAUAUGAGGGUUGGAUAAAUCACUACAGAUUUCCAGAUUACGACCCUUACACCUACCACAUAAAUAAAACAACGACUGCCUUUAUGAAACUAGAGGGUUGCAAUUUAAGGAUAUCAUACACACGAACAAAAAUAGCGAAACGAGCGCUAUGGGACGAAAAAAUCGAUAAAGUUAAUUUCUAUCAGCACAGAUUGUAUAAUCUGACGGGAUCAAGAGUUAUAUUACUGCCCAAAGGACUCGUGAAGCGACGACAAUGGAGCAAAAAGUACCCAAUUUGCAUAAUAUUAAGCGAAAAGGAAAAGAUACAGGUAUUGGAAAAGGAGAACUCGACGGAGAAAAAGAUUGCCGAAUCUUUGGAGAAGAAAAGCAAGGAAUCACCGUUGGAAGUUGAGAGCACGGAAACGAAUACUAGUCCAGAGAGGAAAAAGAAGUUUAUAUGGAGGAGACGUGAAAAGAGCGUUUCACACGAGCCGGAACCAGGUAAAGAAGGCCUCAGACAUAGAUUAGUAAGAAAAAUGCAUAGAGAUAAGAAAACAGACAGCGUGUCCACAUUCACGGAGCCCGAGGGCCAGCAGGCGAGUGACAAGAACACGCAAUUGGAAGACAUCAGCAACGAGGAUCUGGCCACCAGGUCGGUCACCAGCACCAAGGAUGAUGAGGAUGAAAUUGAUGAUACCGAGCUCAACAAGAUCAAGGAGUUCUUGGAGGAGACGGAAAUGGACCCAGUAGCGGAAGGCACGACAGAAGGGGAGUGGAGCGUGCACGUCAAACAGUCGAAAGACAAGCAUUCACACCUGUAUCUGUUCGCUAGAACGGGCAGGGAUAAACUCGAAUGGUAUCGCCGUUUACUAACAGCGAUAAGCGAAGCGAACGCGUCCGCGGACACUUCGACAAAUGAAGACAAAUCAGCAAGUGAUGCUGCGCAAGAGACUAAAGAUGGUAUCGAGUUAGCUGUCUACAAGCUCACUGAGAAGGAGACUGUGGCGUUUGGAAAGACGAAACCUGCUGAAUCCACAUCGGAAGGAGUAAACAUCACGACGGCUCACCCGUUACCGCCUUCCUUAGACUCGUAUGAGAAAACCUUUUGGCCAUACAUAGUUAAGAUUAUGCAGACGCACGAAGUUAGCACCAAACAGACAUCGGAUGUUGGCGUUAUGUGUCAAAUAGAGCCGUCGCCUCACGAGCGUAACAAAGGCAAAAAGAAGAAAAAAGAUUCUCAACAAGCGUCCCCCGAGUGCGAGUGCCGAACGUUACCCGCGGAAGUGACGUGGGUGAACAUAAUGCUAGCGAGGAUCAUGUACGACAUGAUGCGGGACCCCAUACUGAUCGCGAGGCUGCAGAACAAGAUACAGAGGAAACUUAAUACGUUGAAGCUGCCCUCGUUCAUGAGCCCGCUGGUGAUCACGGAGCUGUCGCUGGCGGGCGAGUGCCCGCUGGUGUGCGGCGUCGCUCCGCCGGCGGUGGACGCGCGCGGGCUGUGGCUGGACGCCGCGCUGCGGUACGACGGCGGCGCGCACAUCGCCAUACUCACGCAGAUCAACCUCAUGAAGCUCAAGGAGAAGAAUAUAACACUAGAAGAUCACUUACUAGAAGCGCAAGAGAAUAUUAUAGAAAGUCCGAUCGAGGUGCCGCUCCCAGGGUCCGCUCAAUUCGAAAAACAACUAAGGAAAAGAAAACCAGCAAUCUACGAUUCAGAAAUCGAAGACUCAGCUGAAUCGUCAAGUGACGACGAGACUCCGCCCGUGCAGCCCGUCGACAGCGCGGAGAAUUUACAGCCUAGCGAAUCUCCGUCUGCAAACCCGAGUGAAGGUGGGUCAUCAAAAAAGAAGUUCCUCCGUAUCGUCGAUAGAAUAGCGACUAACAAAUAUUUCCAACAAGUAACAGACUAUAAAUACGUGAAGCGUGCCAUGGAAGGUCUCUCGAACACGGAUAUAAAGCUGCAACUAGAAGUGCACGGGCUAGAAGGUCGACUCGCUAUUAACUUACCCCCGCCGCCUCAUGAUAGGAUAUGGAUCGGGUUCCGUACGAAUCCCCAAAUAGUACUAAAAGCUCGUCCUGCAUUCGGCGCGCGCACGCUUCGCUUCGCCAACAUUUCCAAUUGGAUCGAACAGAAACUUCUCAAGGAGUUCGAGAAGGUUCUAGUUCUACCCAAUAUGGAGGACUUUAUCAUUGACGUCAUGACCCCUACGCCUGUGGAAUUUGAAUAAAAAUGGAGAAUAAGAAGUAAUGAAUAUUUAUAUGUGGAAGAAUUAAAAUUAUAGAAUGAUGGGAAACGGAAUAAUAUUGGUAUAAAGAGAGAAAGAAAAAGCCUGGAAAGAGGUAUAUAUAUUAUAUAUGUAUGUAUAGUCGAAGCUAUUUAUUUAUUUAUUUUUAUACUUUAUUGCUCUGAAAUAAUUUAACUAGGAUUAAUCUAAUUAUAAAUUAAAACAAAUGGCGGUCUUAUCGCUAAUUAGCGAUUUCUUCCAGACAACCAGACGUACGGAAGGAAGCUAUGUGGGUUUUAACCGUACUUUGCUACAAAUUAAAAACUUUAUUCGAUUUUUUUUCAAAGCCGAAUAUGCAGAUUUUGAAAAGCAUUAUUCAAAAAUAUACUAUUAAACUUAUUCCGUUGAAUGUGGUAAAUGGAUUUUUUUUUAGUUCAAUGUCAUUAUGAGAGCUUUUAUGCGGACAAAGGGCGCUGUUAUUAGUAUACGAACCAAGUAAAACAUUUUUGAUACAUGAGGCUUGAUGUGAUUAUUUUAAAAAUAUGAAUGAUCCCAGAAAAAUGUUUGAUUUCGAUAAGUCGAUCAUUAUAAGAAAAAAAAUCUUAUUAACUAAGGGCCGAUUUUUCAAUCCUUGGUUAAAAUGUAUCCGUCCAAUAAAGUAUUACACGAACAUUUUAAAAUGUC